AUGGCACAGUUCGAGGCAUUGUAUGGUCGGAGGUGUUGGUCUCCUUUGUACUUUGAUGAGGUCCGUGAAUCGCAGAUAUUGGGUCCUGAACUUGUACAACAAGCUUUUGAGAAAGUUAGGUUGAUCAGGGAUAGAAUUAAAUCAGCCCAUAGUCGGAAGAAGAGUUACAUGGAUGUUCGCUGUCGUGAGUUGGAAUUUGAGGUGGGGGGUAAAAUAUUCCUGAUAAUCACUCCGAUAAAAGGAGUGACGAGAUUUGGGAAUAAAGGCAAGCUGAGUUUGAGGUAUAUUGGACCAUUCGAGGUACUUGAACGAGUGAGUCCGAUAGCCUACAGAAUUGCACUACCUCCAGCGCUCUCUUGGAUCCACGAUGUAUUCCACAUUUCCAUGUUGAGAAGGUAUGUGUCAGAUCUGUCAUAUGUGAUUCAUUACGAAUCUUUAGAGAUUGGGGAUUCUUUGGCGUAUAAGGUGAUACCCGUUCAGAUUCUGGACUAG